UGCGGGUACUGAUACAUGCGAGAGUAUAAACUCUAUCCACAUUCUAUACGUUGUACAUAGUUGUACCAAUACAACCUUCCUCGACUAUUCAUUCACAUCCACGCUCUUCAUCAUGGCUCCAUACACUGGCCCUACCGUCUCUCUCCACGUGACCAUUACAGUCGCGCCCGAAAAUGCGUCCAAGUUCCUCGAACUGUUGAAGCCUUGUUAUGACGCCGUAACCGCAGAACCCGAAUGCGUCUUCUUCGAGGUGUAUCAGAACCCUGAAGUGCCUGGGGAGUUUAAGUUUGUUGAAAACUGGCAUGCGUCGAAGGAGUGGAUUAAAACUGUCCAAUUGUCGAGAGACUAUUACAAACCAUAUGUUGCCAGCACCGAGCCACUGUGGAUCAAGCCGCGAGGACUUGAGAUUCUCGAGCGGAUGCCGGGCAAUACGUGGCUCUCUAUCAAGAAGGAAUAUACAGAGGCCAGUCAGUAGAUAGACACAAAUAUACUAUUGCACAUCUCGAUUGAUAUCUUAUAUAAUCCACCUCCCAGCCUAUAGCUUCCAGCCUAUAGCUUAGCGCCCGUCUGCGCCUUCUUAAGUAUCGGCUCCAUCUUGGUUGCCUUCAUGACAUCGCCCUUGACCUUCAAUUUCCCACUCAUAAACAGCUUCUGCGCAUUCGCCUUGCCCGCAACGAGCGACGCAAAAUCCUUAUCAUUCAGCACC